CUGCGCCUGCGCCUGCGCGUCUCCCGCCUGAGUCGGCCGGCGGCUCCGCGGGGCGCGUCACGGGCCGCAGCCCGGGCUCGAUGGCGAUGAGCUACAACGCCAAGGAUGAGGUGGACGGCGGGCCCCCGUGUGCGCCGGGGGGCUCCGCCAAGACCCCGAGGCCCGACAACACGGCCUUCAAACAGCAACGGCUGCCCGCCUGGCAGCCCAUCCUCACGGCCGGCACCGUGCUGCCCACCUUCUUCGUGAUCGGCCUCAUCUUCAUCCCCAUCGGCAUCGGCAUCUUCGUCACCUCCAACAACAUCUGCGAGAUCGAGAUUGAUUAUACGGGAACAGAGCCUUCCAGUCCCUGCCAUAAAUGUUUAUCUCCGGAAGUGACACCUUGCUUUUGUACCAUCAACUUCACACUGGAUAAGUCAUUUGAGGGCAACGUGUUUAUGUAUUAUGGACUAUCUAGCUUCUAUCAAAAUCAUCGUCGGUAUGUGAAAUCUCGAGAUGACAGUCAACUAAACGGAGAUCCUAGUGCAUUGCUUAAUCCCAGCAAGGAAUGUGAGCCUUACCGAAGAAAUGAAGACAAACCAAUUGCUCCUUGUGGAGCUAUUGCCAACAGCAUGUUUAAUGAUACGUUAGAAUUGUUUCUGCUUGCCAAUGAAUCUGACUCUGCACUUACACCUAUUAUUUUGAAAAAGAAAGGCAUUGCUUGGUGGACAGAUAAAAAUGUGAAAUUCAGAAAUCCUCCUGGAGCAGGAACCCUGGAAGAACGGUUUAAAGGGACAACAAAGCCAGUAAAUUGGCUUAAGCCAGUUUACAUGCUAGAUUCUGACACCGAUAAUAAUGGAUUCAUAAACGAGGAUUUUAUGGUUUGGAUGCGUACUGCUGCAUUACCUACUUUCCGUAAGCUGUAUCGUCUUAUAGAACGGAGAGCUGAUUUACAUCCAACAUUGCCAGCUGGACAGUACUAUUUGAAUAUCACAUACAAUUACCCGGUACAUUCUUUCGAUGGACGAAAACGGAUGAUCUUGACCACUAUUUCGUGGAUGGGAGGAAAAAAUCCAUUUUUGGGGAUUGCUUACAUCACCGUUGGAUCCAUCUCUUUCCUUCUGGGAGUUGUACUGCUAGUAAUUAAUCAUAAAUAUAGAAACAGUAGUAAUACUGCUGACAUUACCAUAUAAUUUUAUAUUCUGAAAACAAAUCUACUGCAUGUGCAUCAAGGCCAGUCCUGUUCAACCUAGCUUUUGAAUGCUGAUGUCUGGUUAGUACAUCAUUUUGAAGUUGGCACAUAAGUUUUCUUUUUUUAAAGAAAGUCUUUGUCAUUUGCUUCUCACCUAUGAAUGACUUAUCAAACUAUAGGACGGGUAUUACAAAAAUUAGCUAUAUUGAUUCUGUCAACACUGUAACUGCUUACAUAGCAUUCUGGUGUUUGCCUUUUAUUGGGACCAGCCCCAUGAUGCAUAGAGCCUCUUUCAUGUGAAAUGCAUCUACUGCUUACAUGUUUAUGCUAUGUUAAUAAUAAUAUAUUGACAUAUGAUGCUGUAUAUGUGUGCCCAAUGUGUGAAGAGAAAGGAUUACAAUUGUAUGAGUGUCAAGACUUGAUAACCUUUCACGAUUCAGAAUUAGGGAAAGAUGAAGACAGACCAAUCUAAAUAAAACACUUCAUCGUU